UCUCUCAUCAUCAGUCAUGCCUGCGCUCCCAGCCGGCCCCAUCGCCCGCCGGAACGGCCUCUCCACGUCGACCUCCCCACCACUAUAUAACCGCCCUACCCUUCCCUCACCGCAGACCCCCGCCAUUACCACCACCCUUUCCUUCAGAAUCCCUUGUCUCUGCGUGCGUGGCAACAAGCGCACGGCCAUUACCAGAAAGCCUGCUCCGCUCUGCUUGGUUCCAUUCCAAGAAGCAAAAGAGGAGGAGGAGGAGGAGGAGGAGGAGGAGGCGGCGGACUCAGACUGCAAUGAGGGAGGAGAUGGACAUAGACGCGACCGGCGCGGGCUGGCUGUCGUGGCGAGAGGCGGCGGUCGCCGUGCUCGCGUGGCUGGUGUUGCACGUGGCGACGCGCGUGGCGGAUGCGCUUUGGUGGCGGCCCCGUCGCCUGGAGGCACACUUCGCGGAGCAGGGUGUGCGCGGGCCGCCGUACCGUUUCCUGCUGGGGUCCGUGAAGGAGAUGGUGGGGCUCAUGGCGGAGGCCUCGGCCAAACCCAUGUCGCCGCCAACCUCCCACAACGCGCUACCCCGCGUGCUCGCCUUCUACCACUACUGGCGGAAGAUCUACGGACCGAGCUUCUUGAUCUGGUUCGGACCGACGCCUCGCCUAACGGUAGCGGAGCCGGAGCUGGUGCGCGAGAUCUUCCUCACGCGAGCAGAGGCGUUCGACCGCUACGAGGCGCAUCCCGUCGUGCGCCAGCUUGAGGGCGACGGCCUCGUCAGCCUCCACGGAGACAAGUGGGCGCUCCACCGCCGCGUGCUCACCGACGCCUUCUACCCGGACAACCUCAACCGGCUGGUGCCCCACGUCGGCAGGUCGGUGGCGGCGCUGGCGGCGAAGUGGAACGCCAUGGCGGCCGCCGCUGGGAACGGCGAGGUGGAGGUGGACGUAGCGGAGUGGUUCCAGGCUGUGACGGAGGAGGCCAUCACGCGCGUCACCUUCGGCCGCAGCUACGACGACGGCCGCGUCGUGUUCGCCAUGCAGGGCCGCCUGAUGGCCUACGCCUCCGAGGCCUUCCGCAAGGUCCUCGUCCCCGGCUACCGGUUCUUGCCCACCAAGAAGAACUGGCAGUCGUGGAAGCUGGGCAGGGAGAUACGGCGGAGCCUGACCCGGCUCAUCGCCCGGCGCAGCGGCAUGGCCGAGGAGGAGGAGGAGGUUCAGGCCGGCCACUCCGGAGGCUUCCGCGACCUUCUCGGUGCCAUGAUCAAUGCCGGUGAGAGGAAGACGCCGGCGGCGAUCCCGGUGGCGGACAUGCUGGAGGAGUGCAAGACUUUCUUCUUCGCCGGCAAGCAGACGACGACGAACCUUCUGGUCUGGGCCACCGUGCUCCUGGCCAUGCACCCGGAGUGGCAGGAGCGCGCCCGCAGCGAGGUGCUCGACAUCUGCGGCCCCGACGAGCUCCCGUCCAAGGAGCACCUCCCGAGACUCAAGACUCUGGGCAUGAUCAUAAACGAGACCCUCCGGCUGUACCCGCCGGCGGUGGCCACCAUCCGCCGCGCCAAGACGGACGUGCAGCUCUCGGACGGGUGCAUGAUCCCCCGCGACACGGAGCUGCUCAUCCCGAUCAUGGCCAUCCACCACGACGCCAGGUUCUGGGGCCCCGACGCCGCGCAGUUCAACCCCGCACGGUUCGCCGGCGGCACGGCCAGGGCGGCGAAGCACCCGCUGGCGUUCAUCCCGUUCGGGCUGGGCUCCCGGAUGUGCAUCGGCCAGAACCUGGCACGGCUGGAGGCCAAGCUCACCAUGGCGAUCCUGCUGCAGCGGUUCGAGAUGAAGGCGUCCCCGAACUACAUCCACGCGCCGACGGUCCUGAUGCUCCUCUACCCGCAGUACGGAGCGCCGGUGAUCUUCCGGCCACGUUCGGCGCAUCCGGCAGCCUCAUAGCGCAGAUGCUUCGCCUGUCCCCCACAUUCUUUUGUUGAUUGAAACUGAUGGGAACGCCGCAGGUCUGCCUGGUGCUCGAAAGCCAUAGGACGUGUCCCAAAUACUCCUUCCGCGACCCCCUGUGUAUAUGCCAAGUGAUACUAGAAGCCAAGAAGCACUAACUUUCUGUCCUAGCCUGCGCCUCGGGGCCUACCCAGGUUGCCCGCCGGAAAUGCCCUCGUUAAUAGACCAGAUCAGGCCCAGCCUUUUUUGUUCCCUGCCCCAUGGCGUUUGUGUGGUAUGUGUAUGUAUUUGUAAUCUGUAUAGAGGUUUGCUAUUCCAUCUUCUACGUUCCUAGUAGAGACGAAAAUGCAAUGGGAAAAAAACAGAGAUUGAGAACAAUAGCAUUUGUUUAACUUGUACUCCCUCUGUUUUUUUAUUUGUCACGCUUUAGUUUAAAAAUAUUUUAACGGGCAACGAAUAUUCGAGAA